AUGGAACGAACAACUUUGUGGAUAGUUGUGCUCAUAUGCUUGCAUGUGGCAGCCGCUCAGCCGGCGGGCUAUCCGAGUGCGCGACCAGCUGCAACAUAUGGGCCGGCCAAGCCGCCAGCACCGAAACCCAAGCCGAAGCCGAAGCCGCCGAGCAGCAGCUAUGGAGCGCCAAAGCCACCGCCAGCUGCGCCUGCGCCCAAACCAGCUUAUGGAGCACCACCAAAGAAGCCACCAGCACCACCAGCACCACCACGCGACAGCUAUGGACCACCACCCAGCAAUCCUAAUCAGAAUUAUUUGCCACCUUCGAAUGGGGGCAACGGAGGUGCUGCAGGUGGCGGAGGUGGUGAAACUAUACCCAUUAUUAAGCUGGAAUCCAAAGUGAAUACCGAUGGCUCCUAUAAGUACGAAUAUGAGACGGGAAAUGGCAUCAAGGCCGAGGAGAUGGGCUAUCUGAAGAAUGCUGGUGUCGAAGGUGCUGAGGCGCAGGUGGCUGAGGGCUCCUUCUCCUACAGCAGUCCGGAGGGUGAGAGCAUCUCGCUGACCUACAUAGCCGAUGAGAAUGGGUUCCAGCCACAGGGCGAUCAUCUGCCCACACCGCCGCCCAUACCCAUCGAGAUACAGGAGGCACUGGAUAUGUUGGCCGCCAACGGAGGCUGUCAUGAUUGCGAUGACGGUGGCGGUGGUGGCGGCGGCGGUGGCGAUGGGGGCUAUGUCUAUCGCAGAAGAUAA